AUGUCAGCCAUCGCAUCCUCCUCCGCCCAGGCGGCCCCGCCUAGCAAGAUUGUUAUCCCAGACCUCGUCUCUCACUGCACCUUUGAGCUACGAGUCAACCGCCAUCGCAAAAUCGCCUCCGCGCAGUCAAAGCGAUGGCUCUUCCGCGGGGACAACCUUACUGGCAAAAAGCGGGACGCGUACCAUGGACUCAAGGCUGGCCUGCUGACUUCUAUGUGCUACCCAAACGCGGGUGCCCCUCAGUUGAGAGUUUGUUGCGACUUCAUGAACUACCUGUUCCAUCUCGACAACCUCUCCGAUGACAUGGACAACCGGGGUACAAAGUCAACAGCAGAUGUCGUACUGAACGCACUUUAUAACCCGAAGAUGCAUCAGACGAAACGUGUUGGCAAGAUGACCAAGGAUUACUGGCAGCGACUUAUUCGCACCGCUGCUCCGGGUGCCCAGCAGCGCUUCAUCGAGACUUUCGACUUCUUCUUCCAAGCUGUAUCUCAGCAAGCGCGGGAUCGCGCUGAGGGUUCAAUCCCCGAUCUCGAGUCCUACAUUGCUCUGCGCCGCGACACAAGCGGAUGCAAACCUUGCUGGGCUCUGAUUGAAUACGCCAACAACCUGGACAUUCCCGACGAGGUCAUGGACCAUCCCAUCAUCCGUAGCCUCGGAGAAGCCGCCAACGACCUCGUUACCUGGUCCAAUGAUAUCUUCUCAUACAAUGUCGAACAAUCCAAGGGUGAUACGCACAACAUGAUCCCUGUUGUGAUGCAUGAGGAGGGUCUCGAACUCCAGGCCGCAGUCGACUUCGUGGGUGCACUUUGCAAGCAGUCAAUUGAUCGCUUCGUAGAGUGCCGUGCGAACCUGCCUUCUUGGGGCCCUGAAAUUGAUCGUCAAGUCGCAGUAUAUGUUGAGGGGUUGGCCGAUUGGAUAGUUGGUUCACUACACUGGUCGUUUGAGUCGGAGCGCUACUUCGGCAAGUCUGGUCUCGAGGUGAAGAAGAACCGCGUCAUCAACCUCCUUCCCCGACGGUCAUAA